GGGAGGACGAAAAAACAGGGUUUUCGUGGAGUCGAGGCUCCUAAUUAGUCUCACAAAGCAGAGCUGGUGUCGCAUCUCAGAACCCGGAUCUGUUCCUGCAUCAGAACCCGGAUCUGUCCCCGGAUUCUGCUCCGGUCGGGGAGCCGCACCCACGCAGCGGACGCGCUCCCGAGGAUGCGCUGAGGUCUGCACUUCCAACAGACGGAAAACAGCGUCCUUCAUGUGAGGUUCUCCACUUGGUUACAAAACAGCCACUAUUAAAGAAAAGAUGAGUAAGUCUCCGACCCCGGCGGGCACCCCGGCGAGCACCCCGGUGCCGCGCAGCCCCAGCGACGUGGACGACCUGACGUCUCCUCCGUCCUCCACCCAGAACAAGAAACGCAUCUCCAGCCUCAUCCAGAGUCCGUCGUUCAGGGAAGAGCUGGAUCUGCUCAUCCAGGAGCAGAAGAAGAAAGGCGGCAGCUCCUCCAACCUCUGGGCGCUGAGACAGCUGGCUGAUUUCAUGGCGUCUCACGGUUCCCAGGCAGCUCUGUCCGUCCCGCCGUCCAACAUGAUGAUGGUGACGCCCGUCAACGACCUGCAGGGCUGGGAGCCCGGCCGGAUGGUGAAGGGAGAGCGGUUGAUGCGCUGCAAGCUGGCCAGCUCCCACCGGCUGUUUGACCUGCACGGCUGGGCCCAGAUCAGCCACAGCUGCCUCACCCUGCGCGUCAGUAAAGAGCAGGAACAUUUCCUGGUUCUUCCGGACGGCUUGUCCUUCAGUGAAGCCACCGGCUCCAGCCUGGUGAAGGUGAAUAUCCUGGGGGAGGUGGUGGGGAAGGGCAGCACCAACCUGCAGGUGGACACGGACAAGUUCAGCCUCCACUCGGCCAUCUACUCUGCUCGGCCGGAUAUUCGCUGUCUGCUCCACCUGCACACGCCGGCCACGGCAGCGGUUUCAGCGAUGAAGUGCGGCCUCCUGCCUCUGUCCCACGAGGCUCUGCUGGUGGGGGACGUGGCCUAUUACGACUAUAACGGCGUCCUGGACGAGGAGGAGGACAGAGUGGAGCUGCAGAAGCGCCUGGGACCCGCCUGUAAGGUUCUGGUGCUGAGGAAUCACGGCAUUAUGGCUCUCGGGGAAUCUGUGGAGGAGGCUUUUUAUUCAAUCUACCACAUCCAGGCAGCCUGCCAGAUCCAGGUGUCAGCGUUGUGUAGUGUCGGUAGACAGGAGGACCUGAUCAUGUUGGACCGGACCAUCCAUAAACCCAACCCCACCGGCACCGUGGGCUGGGCCGGCUCCACGUUCGGACCCCUGCACAAGAGCCGGGUCGGGGAACAUGAGUUUGAAGCUCUCAUGAGAACGCUGGAUAAUCUGGGCUACCGUACCGGCUACGCGUACCGGUUUCCGGUGCUGCUGGAGCGAUCGCGGACGCGCAGGGAGGUGGAGGUGCCGGCGACCGUGUCGGCCUUCCACCAGUUCGACGACGACGGCGUCCACCCGGCCCUGAAGCAGCACCCGUUGGUGCAGCGGCAGCAGCAGGAGAGGACGCGCUGGCUCAACACCCCCAACACCUACCAGAAAGUCAGCCAGGACCAGUCCAGUCCGGGGAACCGGAGCACGUGGCUGAAGGCGGAAGAGGUGACACAAGUCGGCAGCACAUCCAUCAAGAUCGAGAGCUCAAACCAGUUUGUUCCUCUUUUCACCAACCCCCGAGAGGUGAUAGAGACGCGGAAUAAGAUCCGACAACAGAACCGUCAGGAUAUGAAAACAGCGGGACCUCAAUCUCAAGUCUUAGCCAGCGUCAUCACGGAGGACAGUCCUCCGAGUCCGGUGAUUCCCCCCGAAGCCCCGGCGGAGCCGGAAACUCCCAACCCCUUCAACCAGCUGACGGACCAGGAGCUGGACGAGUAUCGCAAGGAGGUGGAGAGGAAACGGGACGGAGGAACCAACGAGGAGGAGGUAGCGGACGACGGGGAGUCUCUUCCUGCUCCCGCUCCUACGACGGUUCCUGCCGUCUCAGAAGAGGAGGCAAAGCCCGACUCUGUGGCCCUGCAGAACGGAGGAGAGGAGGAGGAGAAGCAGACGACGGAGGAGCUGGAGAAAGGGAUGAAGGCUCUCUCCACCAACGACACGUCCUCCACCCCGCCCGCCCUGCCGGCCAGACUGCAGGGCGGCACGCCCGACGGCUCGCCCUCCAAGUCUCCGUCCAAGAAGAAGAAGAAGUUCAAGCCGCCGUCGUUCCUGAAAAAGAGCAAGAAGCAGAAGGACAAAGUGGAGACCUGAGACGGUUUUGCAGAGAUGCAGUAGACGACGGAGAAAUGCUACCGUGAAACAGUUAUGAGAGGAUGAUGGAGUGAAUCACAUCAGAUCUAUUCAGAACCAUUUCAGAUGUCACUCAGACACGGUGUGUUUUACCGUUUACCACUCACUAGAUUCAUGUUUGUGGUGAUUCAUCUGAGGCAGGUUUAAGAGCACUGGUGAUAUUUCUGUUUGUUUGUUUUUAUUCACAUACCGUUUGACCGAAGUCAGAUAAAAUUCAACAAUUUGACACACUAGUUCAAUCCCUGUUGAGCUGCAUUUUGUAAUAACGGUGCAUUUUGUAAUAAACGUCCAAAAUGUAAUAACUUUGGAAUUUCAUUUUGUAAUAAACUGCCGCAUUUUGUAAUAAACUACCCCAGCGCAUUUUGUAAUAGAUUUUGCCGCAUUAUGUAAUAAGUUAUUACAUUUUGAGAAGAUUAUUACAAAAUGCACUUGCAACUUUUUUAUUCUCUAGAAAAUGUAAUAACAUGGUGCAUUAUGUAAUAACAAUUCUAAAGCAUAGUUUAUUUGUUUGUUAUUGGCCUAUAUAAUUCCAAACUUCAAAUAGGCAACUAAAGUUAUAUUUGGAUAAUUAUACAUAGAUUUAUUGGGCUACAUAGCUCUAAGGGAAAUUGCAUAAAAAAACAAUAAAAGUAACUCUUGUAUAAAUUAAUUGUUAAAUAAACAACAAUAAUAAUAGGUAUUAUUACCAAAUGAACCAUCUUAUUACAUUUCCUAGAAAAUAAAACAUUUUGCAAGUGCAUUUUAUUAUAAUCUUCUCAAAAUGCAAUAACUUAUUACAGAAUGUGGCAAAAUGUAUUACAAAAUGAGGCAGUUUAUUACAAAAUGCGGCUUUAUUACAAAAUGAAAUGAAAAAGUUAUUACAUUUUGGAAGUUUAUUACAAAAUGCACCAAAAUGCAGCUCAACAAUCCCUCACCGUUUCUCACGUCUUAUUUUCACCUGCUGUGCAGUCGGUGUUGCUACUUCACGUUACAGGUUAAUCUGAUCCUGCACGGCCGCCACGUUUGCUUCACUUCUUCUCAUCUACAACUUUGCAAGACACGGUGGAAAAACAAAAUCUCCAUUAUGCAUGUGUGGGCACUCAACAUAUGUAGAUUGACAUUCUAGCACGUCACAUUUGUUCAUCAUUGUAGGCAUUUCUUAGCGUUUGGUUCUAGUUAUCAGAUAGAUGUUGCAGGUAAUCUGUGAACACGGGUGCAAGUACAUAUAGAAAUAUACUGAUAGCGGCUGAUCGUGCUCUGCUGAAUACUAGUUGUGUAAGAUUAUUAGCUUGUUCAAGUUAUUACAACAAAAGGAGACACAAAAUAACGCAGGGAAAAUGUACUGACUUACAACAAAGUUUGCCUCCAUCAACACUGUUGUCACAAUCAAGAAUGAUAAAGCUUAAUGAGUUCGUUGCUUGUCACUGCAGUCUAAAAUCCAGUAAGAGAAGAUACUGGAAGUACUUAACAUUCCACCUUUCUCAUUUUACUUUGAAGUGUACAUGUGCAAAAUACCUCUUUGCAACAGCAAUGUUCAGUUUUCAACCGGUCGCUGUUUUCAAAAUGCUCGUGUGUUGGCUCAUAGUUGUGAUUUAUUUUAUGUUAGAACGUACAUGUGAGUUGUUGCAGGGUUGCCAUGUUUCAGUCAUUAAAGAUUAAUUUCAAACA